GCGGCGCCGCGCGUGAAGGGCCGCCUGGGGCCGAGCGGGCGCCGCCAACAUGUCGGAUACCAAGGUAAAAGUUGCCGUCCGGGUCCGGCCCCUGAACCGACGAGAACUGGAACUGAACACCAAGUGCGUGGUGGAGAUGGAAGGGAAUCAAACGGUCCUGCACCCUCCUCCUUCUAACACCAAACAGGGAGAAAGGAAACCUCCCAAGGUAUUUGCGUUUGAUUAUUGCUUUUGGUCCAUGGAUGAAUCUAACACUACAAAAUAUGCUGGUCAAGAAGUGGUUUUCAGGUGCCUUGGGGAAGGAAUUCUUGAGAAAGCCUUUCAGGGGUAUAAUGCUUGCAUUUUUGCAUAUGGACAGACAGGCUCAGGAAAAUCCUUCUCCAUGAUGGGCAGUGCUGAGCAGCGGGGCCUCAUUCCAAGGCUCUGCUGUGCUUUAUUUCAAAGGAUCUCUCUGGAGCAAAAUGAGUCACAGACCUUUAAAGUCGAAGUAUCCUAUAUGGAAAUUUAUAAUGAGAAAGUUCGGGAUCUUUUAGACCCCAAAGGGAGUAGACAGUCUCUUAAAGUUCGAGAGCAUAAAGUUUUGGGACCAUAUGUAGAUGGUUUAUCCCAACUGGCUGUCACUAGUUUUGAGGAUAUCGAGUCAUUGAUGUCUGAGGGAAAUAAGUCUCGGACGGUAGCUGCGACCAACAUGAAUGAAGAAAGUAGCCGCUCCCAUGCUGUGUUCAACAUCAUCAUCACACAGACGCUGUAUGACCUACAGUCUGGGAAUUCGGGAGAGAAAGUGAGCAAGGUCAGCUUGGUGGACCUGGCGGGUAGCGAGAGAGUGUCUAAAACGGGAGCCGCGGGAGAGCGACUGAAAGAAGGCAGCAACAUUAACAAAUCACUUACAACCUUGGGGUUGGUUAUCUCAUCGCUGGCUGACCAGGCAGCUGGCAAGGGUAAAAACAAGUUUGUGCCUUAUCGCGAUUCAGUCCUCACUUGGCUUCUUAAGGACAAUCUGGGGGGCAACAGCCAGACCUCUAUGAUUGCCACCAUUAGCCCAGCAGCGGACAACUACGAAGAGACCCUCUCCACACUGAGAUAUGCCGAUCGAGCCAAAAGGAUCGUUAACCAUGCCAUUGUGAAUGAGGAUCCCAAUGCAAAAGUCAUCCGGGAACUGCGGGAGGAAGUGGAGAAACUGAGAGAGCAACUCUCGCAGGCUGAGGCUAUGAAGGCCCCUGAACUGAAAGAGAAGCUCGAAGAGUCUGAAAAGCUGAUAAGAGAACUAACAGUGACUUGGGAAGAGAAGCUGAGGAAAACAGAAGAAAUUGCACAGGAGAGGCAACGACAACUUGAAAGUAUGGGGAUUUCCCUGGAGACGUCUGGUAUCAAGGUGGGGGAUGACAAGUGCUACUUAGUCAACCUGAAUGCAGACCCUGCUCUCAACGAACUUCUGGUUUAUUAUUUAAAGGACCAUACCAGGGUAGGUGCAGAUACCUCUCAGGACAUCCAGCUCUUUGGGAUAGGAAUUCAGCCUGAGCACUGUGAGAUUGAUAUUGCUUCUGAUGGAGAGGUCACCCUCACUCCAAAAGAAAAUGCAAGGUCCUGUGUAAACGGCACCCUCGUGUGCAGCACCACCCAGCUGUGGCACGGGGACAGAAUCCUGUGGGGAAAUAACCACUUCUUCAGAAUUAAUUUACCUAAGAGGAAACGGCGAGAUUGGUUGAAAGACUUUGAAAAAGAAACGGGCCCGCCAGAGCAUGACCUGGAUGCAGCCAGUGAGGCUUCCUCGGAACCAGACUAUAACUAUGAAUUUGCACAGAUGGAAGUUAUCAUGAAAACGCUGAAUAGUAAUGACCCAGUUCAAAAUGUGGUUCAGGUCCUGGAGAAACAGUACCUGGAAGAGAAGAGGAGCGCCCUUGAGGAGCAGCGCCUCAUGUAUGAGCGGGAGCUGGAGCAGCUCCGCCAGCAGCUGUCCCCCGAGAGGCGGCCCCAGAGCAGCGGCCCGGACCGCCUGGCCUACAGCAGCCAGACGGCUCAGCAGAAAGUGACCCAGUGGGCAGAGGAGAGGGAUGAACUCUUCCGCCAAAGCCUGGCAAAGCUGCGGGAGCAGCUGGUCAAAGCUAACACCUUGGUGAGGGAGGCUAACUUCUUAGCCGAGGAGAUGAGCAGACUUACCGACUACCAGGUGACUCUGCAGAUCCCUGCUGCAAACCUCAGUGCCAAUAGAAAGAGAGGAGCGAUAGUGAGCGAGCCAGCUAUUCAGGUGAGGAGGAAAGGAAAGAGCACCCAAGUGUGGACCAUCGAGAAGCUGGAGAAUAAAUUAAUUGAUAUGCGAGACCUUUAUCAAGAAUGGAAGGAGAAGGUUCCUGAGACAAAGCGACUCUACGGGAAACGAGGUGACCCUUUCUAUGAAGCCCAAGAGAAUCACAACCUAAUUGGCGUGGCCAAUGUGUUCUUGGAGUGUCUGUUCUGUGAUGUGAAACUUCUGUAUGCAGUUCCUAUCAUCAGCCAGCAGGGGGAGGUUGCCGGGCGUCUCCAUGUGGAAGUGAUGCGAGUUACAGGCGCCGUCCCGGAGCGCGUGGUGGAGGAUGACUCCUCGGAGAACUCCAGUGAAAGCGGGAGUCUUGAAGUCGUAGACAGCAGCGGGGAAAUCAUUCACCGAGUCAAAAAACUGACGUGCCGGGUAAAAAUUAAAGAGGCAACUGGGCUGCCCUUAAACCUCUCAAAUUUCGUCUUCUGUCAAUACACAUUCUGGGACCAGUGUGAAUCCACAGUGGCCGCCCCAGUAGUGGACCCAGAGGUGCCUUCCCCACAGUCCAAGGAUGCUCAGUACACUGUGACCUUCUCUCACUGUAAGGACUACGUGGUGAGUGUAACGGAAGAAUUCCUGGAGUUCAUUUCAGACGGAGCACUGGCCAUCGAAGUAUGGGGCCACCGGUGCACCGGGAACGGCAGCUCUGUCUGGGAAGUCGAUUCCCUUCAUGCUAAGACAAGAACGUUGCAUGACAGGUGGAACGAGGUUACUCGCAGAAUAGAGAUGUGGAUCUCCAUACUAGAGCUGAAUGAGCUGGGGGAGUACGCGGCUGUGGAGCUUCACCAGGCAAAAGAUGUCAACACAGGAGGUGUCUUUCAACUCAGACAGGGUCAUUCCCGGAGAGUGCAAGUCACAGUGAAACCUGUCCAGCAUUCUGGGACACUGCCACUCAUGGUCGAAGCUAUCUUGUCCAUCUCCAUUGGCUGCGUGACUGCCAGGUCCACCAAGCUCCAGAGAGGGCUGGACAGUUACCAGAGAGAUGAUGAGGAUGGUGAUGAUAUGGAUAGUUAUCAGGAAGAAGACUUAAACUGUGUGAGAGAGAGGUGGUCUGAUGCCCUCAUUAAACGGCGAGAAUACCUAGAUGAACAGAUUAAAAAAGUCAGCAAUAAAAAAGAGAAGACGGAGGACGAUGUGGAGCGGGAAGCCCGUCUGGUGGAGCAGUGGGUAGGGCUGACGGAGGAGCGGAAUGCCGUGCUGGUGCCUGCGCCGGGCAGCGGGAUCCCCGGGGCGCCUGCCGACUGGAUCCCACCACCUGGAAUGGAAACCCACAUACCUGUUCUCUUCCUUGAUUUGAACGCGGAUGACCUCAGUGCCAAUGAGCAGCUUGUGGGCCCCCAUGCAUCGGGCGUGAACUCCAUCCUCCCCAAGGAGCAUGGCAGCCAGUUUUUCUACCUGCCCAUCAUAAAGCACAGUGAUGAGGAGGUUUCAGCCACAGCCUCCUGGGACUCCUCGGUGCAUGAUUCCGUUCACUUGAAUAGGGUCACCCCACAGAAUGAACGGAUUUACCUGAUAGUGAAGACCACAGUCCAGCUCAGCCACCCGGCUGCUAUGGAGCUGGUAUUACGAAAACGGAUUGCAGCCAAUAUUUACAACAAACAGAGUUUCACCCAGAGUUUAAAGAGGAGAAUAUCACUGAAGAAUAUAUUUUAUUCCUGUGGUGUAACCUAUGAAAUAGUAUCCAACAUACCAAAGGCAACAGAGGAGAUUGAGGACCGGGAGACUCUGGCUCUCCUGGCAGCGAGGAGUGAGAACGAAGGCACAGCAGACGGGGAGACGUACAUCGAGAAGUAUACGCGAGGCGUGCUGCAGGUGGAGAACAUCCUGAGCCUGGAACGGCUCCGGCAGGCAAUCACGGUCAAAGAAGCGCUUUCCACCAAAGCUCGGCACCUGCGGCGAAGCCUCAGCACACCAAAUGUUCAUAAUGUCUCUUCUAGUCGACCAGACCUUUCUGGCUUUGACGAUGAUGAUAAGGGUUGGCCAGAGAACCAGUUAGACAUGUCUGACUACAGCCCCAGUUACCAGGAUGUAUCGUGUUAUGGAACUUUGCCCAGGGAUUCACCUCGAAGGAGUAAAGAAGGUUGUACAUCAGAGAAUCCUCAUGCCUUAACAGUCAGCCCUUUUAAAGCAUUCUCACCUCAGCCGCCAAAGUUUUUCAAGCCCCUAAUGCCUGUAAAAGAAGAGCAUAAGAAAAGGAUGGCGCUUGAAGCAAGGCCUCUUCUAAGCCAGGAGAGCAUGUCUCCACCUCAGACACAUAACCCUGGCUGCAUUGUGCCCUCGGGAAGCAAUGGCAGCAGCAUGCCUGUAGAACACAAUAGCAAACGUGAGAAGAAGAUUGACUCUGAGGAGGAGGAAAACGAUCUAGAAGCUCUUAACCGGAAGCUGAUAAGUUCACAGCCUUACGUACCUGUGGAGUUUGCCGACUUCAGCGUUUACAAUGCCAGCUUGGAGAACAGAGAGUGGUUUUCUUCUAAAGUCGAUUUGACGAACUCAAAGGUCCUAGAGAAAGAAGUGUCCUGCAGCCCCACCACCAGCAGCAUCACCAGUGGCUACUUUUCCCACAGUGCCUCCAAUGCCACCCUGUCUGACAUGGUGGUCCCUUCUAGUGACAGCUCAGAUCAGCUGGCCCUUCAGACAAAGGAUGCAGACACCAGUGAGCAUCCCGGAGCAUCACUUGUGCAUGACUUCAGACCAUCCUCAAACAAAGAGUUGACAGAACUAGAAAGAGGCCUGGUAAAGGAUAAGAUAACUAUGGUGCCACUCAAGGAAAACAGUGCCUUAGCCAAAGGGAGCCCAUCAUCCCAAAGCAUCCCUGAGAAAAACUCCAAAACCCACUGUAGGACCAGCUCAUGUUCAGAACAAGAUGCCUGCUCCAGCAAAAAUGGCCAGCCGGCCAGGGAAUUCUGCCCCAGGGAGGUGACCAUAGAACACACCACAAACAUCCUCGAGGACCAUUCUUUCACAGAGUUUAUGGGUGUGUCAGAUGGGAAAGAUUUUGAUGGUUUGACAGAUCCUUCUGCUGGAGAACUUUCGAGUAGGAGGAACCUACCAAAUACAACAGACAGUAAGAGUGUCUCAGAUGGGCCACAGGACCCUGGCCAGCUGUGUUCCUCGGCAGAGAAUGACCAGGUGAUAAUUCCAGGGGCAGUCUUUUGGGUCCUGUGCUAUCAAUGAGCGCACCUAAUUGUGCCCCAACUGCCAGAGGCCCUUCAUCACAGUGACUUAGUAGGAGAGAUUCAUUCAGAUGUUUCUGACAGGGACAAUGGGCCCGCUUGGGGACCAAGUUCACAUGCUGCCCAGCUGGCUGGCUAUGGCGGAGCAAGUCUGCUUUCAUAGUUUCCGAGUGGGGUUAUGACAUAUGUAGGACCAGCAUAUGGGUUCAUGUUGAAUUAAGUGUUCACCUCGAUAAGGAUCAGUCAGUCUCGUGUUCACUCCCCGAGAUGUUUAAUUACGGGCUCUCCCAAGGUAUCCUGGUAGCAUCUACCAUAUUUCAUCGCAUCUGUGAUUUCUUUGAUUAUUAGAUACGCUAUUAUUUUAUGUAUCAUUAAAGCAAAUACUUCCAAUUAAACUAUAUCAUAUCAGCAGUUUCAGAGA